AUGAUUAGAAAUUUUAAAAUUAAUAAUUCAUUAAAACAAUUUAUAAAUUUAAAUAAUAGUUUGCAUUAUAAUUAUAAAUUUAAUAAUUUUUCAACAACAAAAACAACAACAAUUGCAAAAGGAGGAACACCAUCAUCAACUCGUUCAUUUCUUUUAUCAAAACAACAACCAUUUAAAACUUUAAAUAAUGAAAUUUUACCUUUAUCUUUAAGUAGAUUUGCAAUUGAUGCUGAUAAUUAUACACAAUAUGAAUCAGAACAUAAAGCUGUAUUAAUUAAAUCAAUUAAAAAUGGUUGUAAUGUUAUUAAAUCAAGUAAUGAAACAAAAAUAAUUUGUGAUACAAUAUCAGAUUUAUUAGAUAAAGGUGAAAUAAAUAGACAAGAAUUAAUUUAUAUUAAAAAAACUAAACCAUUUUUAAAUAUUGAUGAAUUAUCAAUUAAAAAUAUAAAUAAUCAAAUUAAAAUUGCAUUGGAUGAUUUAUAUUUAGAUACAAUUGAUAUAUUAUUAUUAGAUUUAAAUAAUUUAUCAUCAUCCAAUAAUAAUAAUAAUAAUAAUAAUAAUAAAGAUGAAAUUAUUAAAAAAUUAAAAAAUGAAAUAUUUCCACAUCUUGAAUUUUUAAUUGAAAAUGGUAAUAUUCAAUCAUAUGGUAUAUCAUCGAAUGAAUUGAUUUAUGGUGAAAAUGGUCAAUUACCAAUUAAUGAUAUUAUAACAAAUAGUGAUGAAUUUCCACAUUUAUUAUUCUUUGAAUAUCCAUUUAAUUUAUAUGAAAAUAAUGCACUACUUUCAAAGAAUUUAAAUGGUGGUGAAAAAAGUUUAACUCAAUUUUUAAAAGAGAAUAAUUUGACAUCACUAAAUUCAUCACCAAUUUCAUUUGAUUCUGAUAAUGGUAGAUUUGAAAUGGUACCAAAUCAUCAUGGUGAAAUCAUUGAAAACUCGUUAAAGGAAUCAUUUAAUAUUGCAAUUCAUAUGGAAACUGUUAACCCGAUUUUCAAUGAUUCUCUACAACAAAAAGCAAUUGAAAAAGAUAAACAUUUAAUAGGCUCGCUACAAUGGGCACAUAUUUUAGUAUAUGAACAAACCAAUUCAACUUUAAAUAAUCUUUGGAAAUGGCGUAAAAUUUUGGCAACUAAAAUUCAACCAAAAGUAACCGAAGCUAUCUUAUCAGUCUAUGGUAAUCAUAUACUUAAUAGUUGGGGUGGAAAUUAUCGUAAAGCUAUAAAUCAACUAUUUGAUAUCUAUACAAAAUCAUUAGAAUUUCAAACUUUUAAUAAACAAUUAUCAUUAAAUAAUUUAUUUAAUAAAUUUAUAAAUGAAGAUCAAUAUCAACAACCACAACAACCACAACAACCACAACAAACUAAUGAAAAAGGACAAUUAUCAAUGGAUCAAAAAAGUUUAAUUUUAUCAUCAAUUGGUAGUGAUAUUUUAUUUGAAUCACCAAAUACUUUAAAUCAAUUAAAAUCUUUACAAACUGAUAUAAAAUUACCAACAAUUUCAAAUAAUGAUGAAGAAAAUUUUAAAAAUAAUAUUUUACCAAGUUUUACAAAUUUAUCAAAUAAUAUAAUUAAAUUUAUAAAUGAUAAUAAAAAAUAA